UCUAGUUAAAAGUUACACGGGAACGCUGCGCGCAGAGCGUUUCACGCGACUCCAUCCUUUUAGGCAGCGACGCGUGCGUGCGGUACAGUGGGCCCGUUUGGCUGUUGGUCGGCGUAGGUGUGGGCCCGCAGUGGGACGACAGCACGACGCGCCCGUCUCCUCGCGUGGGUGUGGGCCCGCAGUGGGACGACAGCACGACGCGUCCGUCUCCUCUCAGGUCGUCCCGUCUCCUUGCGUGGGUGUGGGGCAACAGCACGACGCGACGGGCGGCGCGGGCGGCUGGAUCUGCGACGGACGGCGCGGGCGCCCGUCUCCUCUCAGCUCGCGACGGAGCCACGACAGCCAGCGACAGCGCGUGACGGCGCGUGGGUUGCGCCCGCCCGGCGCUUCGCGUGGAGCUCGAUUGCGACACAGCCCCAGACCGCGAUGCAGAUCUCGGCUGCGACGCGGCUGCCAACGGCAGCGCGCCGGUGUCCGCGCGCGAGGACGGUCGUCGGCUGUCGGGCGUGCGUGGUGCCGUGAUCUGCGACGAACGGCGCGGGCGAUCGGGUCUGUGAGACUGCGACGGAGUGACGCCGGCCAAGGACGGCGCGUGGGUUGCGGCCGGCGCUUCGCCGUUAGCCAGGUCUGCUACGUAGCAGAAGGGCAGGCACGCGCAGAUCCUCUGGCUGUCCUGUCGGUCUCUUCUGCAGCUGUUCCAGAUGGGGGACAUACUCAUUCCUAGCCUUAUGGUUGGAGACUGUUCUCGCACCUUGUGUUUGCGUGUCUCUAGGCUUUGGGAAUUCCUUGAUCCUCAGGAUGACAGUAGGCUCCUGCAUACUGAUCUUGUUUUGCUUGAUGAAGAGGGAAACAGCAUACAUGCCCAGAUCUAUCCUUCGUUGUGCCAACAGUUCAGUGCGCUGCUCGAUGAGGGAGGGAUAUACAACUUGAAGUAUUUCUUAGUCAGGAAAGCUAACAGAUUCUACAAACCAGUAGAAAACUGCAACAUGAUCAGCUUUACAAAGUGGACUACGGUUGAGGUUGUCCUCCAGAUCCCCCCUGCUUUUCCGGUUUGCACAUAUAACCUCACUCCCAUAGACCAGCUCCAACCGCGCGUGGACUACAAGGAAUAUUUCACUGAUGUGCUCGGUGUUGUCAGCGUGAUCUCCCAGGUUUCAUCAGUACGCACAAGGGGACGACAGGCUGAGGUUAUGAAGAGAACAGUCACUAUAAGCAAUGCAAGGGAUACCGGUCCAACCGUUGAUGUUGUGCUUUGGGGCAAGCGGGCCACAUCUUUCCCAGCUGAACAGGUCCACAGGGACAGUGGAUCCUCACCACAGAUCAUAAUAUUUGUUGGCACUCUCGUGAGGAGCUACGCUGAUAAUGUGUCUUUGUCGGGAGGAUCGUCAUGCAAGUGGUACAUAAACGAACCGGUCCCGGAAGUAAACGCUCUCAGAGCUAGUGCUGAAACCAACCACCACCCUGUCAUCUGGGAUCAGGGCAAAGCAGCUGCUGAGAGUACAGUAAUUGCAGUUCCUGAACAUAAGAAGCUCAAGGAUAUUAAGUACCUCCAUCCUUUUGAAAAUAAGAAGAAGGAAUGGCUUGUCAUCGUAAAGGUGCUCAAGAUUGAUAGCUCAUGGUGGUACAAUGCAUGCAAAAAAUGCCUUAGGACAACCAAACCGCACGGUGACACAUACAAGUGCACCAAUAUUUCCUGUGACAACAUAGGAUCGCCUACCCCAAGGUACAAGAUAUCCCUCACCGCUGAAGACGAUACUGACACCGCCGAGUUUAUCUUCUUUGGACGAAUGGCGCAGCGCCUCAUUAAAAAAAAUGUGGACGCCCUCAUCUCGACUAAUCCACCCGGUUUCAUUCCAAGAGAAAUUACAAAUCUACUGGAAAAGUCUUUCGAGUGGAAUGUUAGCUUCACUGAAAGCACAAUUAUUUAUAGCAGUGUUUCCUUCCAAGUGAAUGCUAUAAACGCAGAAAUCGAUGGUGGCAACAUACUUCCAACUACAUUGUCCUCACAGCCAUCGUCGACCAUACUUUCGCAAGGACAAGGAUCAGGUGUCACACAAAACAAGGGGGCUGCCUUCAUCCGCGAGCCGUCGCUGACACCAGAGAGUCACAAAGUUUCGUCUAGCGCCAAGUGUAAUUUACAGACAGCCACACAUCAGGGAGCCAAUCUGCUGCUACAAACAGAAAUUAUCACUUCUCCGCUUAAUGUGCAGACGCCAUCAGGAGCUGCUUACGGUGUGCUAGAUGGGUCUACAAACAAGACUCAUAAAAGUGUUACUAGAAAAAGGUCUCGCACAUCGCCUUCCAAGAAGGUUGUCAAGAAACUUUUUAGAGGUGAUGGCACAGGAGAUGAUGAUGCUGCUGGUUCCACAGACGUUGAUGCAGAGUAACGUUGCAGUGCUUUUGGACACGAGCACCACCAGCUAUGGAGGCCCGCUUUUGGGAACUGAGGACCGCUUUUGGGAACUAUCCCAGUUCAUCUAGGUUGUUGUUAGAACUUCCCCCCUACUGUGUAGGGUGUAUGGUUUUAUGCUUGUAAGAUAUGGACAACGCUAUGUUGUGUGCUUGACUGCAAGAUAUGCCUUUUGUUGCUUGGUCAUAGCUAUGCUAUGCGUGCAAUCCUGCGAGGACCAUACUCACGAUGUGUAAAGCAUGCCUAUAUAGUCUAGGCCUGAACAAACCAGAAACGUUGCUUCCUUUGGUACUUCUACUAUUUCUCUUUGUCGUUCUGUGCUACUACCAGCCAUGUAUUUGUCGUUACUAUGUAAAGCAUGCCUAUAUAGUCUAUUUGUUGUUC